AUGGAAUUCAGAUCCAAAUCAUGUAGGAGUAAGAGUCUGCAGAUUGAAAACUACAACGGAAGAAGGGUGGCCCCAACAAGUAUGCAAGAUUUGAGGUCUUACAAUUACAGUGCAAGUUAUGGUGGUUCUGCAUAUCCAUGCAAGAUAGGUAAGGAAAAGGAAGUGAAGGUGGAUAAAGGGAAAAACAUAGCUAAUAAAGUAUCAAAAAGUUCAAGCUUCAGUGACCCUGAGUUGCAGAGGAAGAAGAGAGUGGCUGGCUAUAAAAUAUAUUCUGUUGAAGGAAAAAUGAAAGGCUCCCUGAGGAAGAGUUUAAGGUGGAUCAAGAACACCUGCACAGAAGUUGUUCAUGGAUGGUGGUGAUUAAUUGGUAUAUAGUUUAUGCAUAAUACAAUAACAUACUCCUUUAUUAUUUUUGUAUUCUCUUAUGAUUUACUUGUUUUAAGGUGGAUGUUAAA